AAAUUACUGCGCACUCCCUCCUUUGUCAGACCCACGACUAGCCUGCCACCUCCGCCGUUCCACUGUGCGCAUGCUGUACUAGAGGUAAGAGGAGCCUUUCCACCCCUGUUCUGCUCUCUGGAAAGUAUCGGCACCGUCCUCUGCAACAGAGCCUCCCUAUACGACCUGUUCUGUGGGUGGUUCACCACCACCAAUGGCCUCUUAGUAACCCUUCCUCUGUUGAGAAACACAUUCCCUCCCUCUUUAACCACCGCCCACAUUGCAUCCGCCAUUCUCCUCCAGCCCUUACCUCCCGACUCUUCAGGAAUAUUCAUUCCCAUUUCAUUAGGAAUCAUGCAGCUGAGAUGUACUUAUUCAAAGCAUCGCGGAGGACUCGAAGAGAUUUUGUUUCUGAAAUAAAUAGACAAAACGCAAUUCAUUCAACUUUUUGACUGGCUUUUUGGUAGAACAGGGAAAAAUGAUGAGAAAAAUUAAAGGCAGACCCUUUACCAAGAAGUCAUGUGCAAUGGCUCCUCUGAACACCCUUCCUGUUAUUGGAUCACCUCGACUAAUCGAAGAUUGACAAUGUUGGAAUGGUGCCAUUUAUUGGUAAACAUAUGCGAAGAUCCUAAUAAUUGCAUCCUUGAUAGAAAAAAUCAUGCUUCUAUUGCGUCGAAUUAUUCCUUCCUUGGUUUUCGUAUCAGUCAGAGAUUCUAUCAGUCUAUGUGUUUAUAGUUCUAAACCAGUGGUAGCUGAAUUCAUUCAUAAUGAUGCAAAGGCAAACUGUGAUACAGUUGUUGAUUCCAUUUGCAGCUCAUUUAGGAGAGGCUGGAACUGGGACAGGCUGACUCAAAAAUUUGAUACUUUUCAGUUAAAUGAUUUGAUUGUAGAAAAAGUACUGUUGGAGUUAAAGGAACCAAAUGAUGCAAAACGGGCUCUGGCUUUCUUCCAUUGGUCAGCACAAAGGAAAACCAUUGAACAUGGGAUUCGGUCCUACUGUAUCACAAUUCAUAUUUUGGUUCGAGCCCGGCUGCUUAUGGAUGCUCGCGCAUUGCUUGAAUCAGUUUUGAAGAAAAGUGUCGGAUACUCCCUGCCAUUUUCAAUAGUGGAUAUUCUACUUAGCAGUUACAAGAUUACUGCUUCAUCUCCAUUUGUGUUUGAUUUGUUAAUACAGGCUUAUGCUAAACUAAGAAUGUUUGAUAUUGCUUUUGAUGCUUGCCACUAUUUGGAAGAACAUGGGUUCUCUUUAAGCCUCAUUAGUUUCAACACUCUGAUUCAUGUUGUUCAGAAAUCUGAUCAAGUUCCUCUAGUUUGGAAGAUUUAUGAGCAUAUGAUUCAGAAAAGAAUUUAUCCAAAUGUAGUAACAAUCAGAACUAUGAUAAGUGCAUUGUGCAAGGAAGGGCAGUUGCAGAAAUAUGUUGACGUACUGGAUCAGAUCCAUGGGAAGAAAUGUUCUCCUUCAGUGAUUGUUAAUACCAGUUUGGUCUUUAGGAUUUUAGAGGAGAGAAGAGUCGAAGAUGGUAUGGUAUUAUUAAAGAGAAUGUUGCAAAAGAAUAUGAUUCUUGACACAAUUGCUUAUUCACUGAUUGUUCAUGCCAAAAUAAAACUCGGGGAUUUGGAGUCGGCAUACAAGGCAUAUGAAGAGAUGCUUAAAAGAGGUUUCCAAGCAAAUUCUUUCAUCUAUACUUUGUUCAUAGGAGCCCAUUGUAAAGAGGGAAAAAUAGAAGAAGCACAUUGCUUGAUGCAAGAGAUGGAAAAUAUGGAUUUGAAGCCGAAUGACGAAUCCUUUGAUCUUCUAAUUGAGGGGUGUGCUAAAGCUGGAAAACUGGAAGAAAGCUUAAGAUAUUGUGAGCAAAUGUUGGAGAGGAGACUUGUUCCCAGUCGUUGGGCUUUCAAUGAGAUGGUAGGAAAGCUCUGUCAGAGUGGGGAUGUGGAGCAGGCCAAUGCAAUGCUAACUAUUUUGUUAGAUAAAGGAUUCUUACCUGACGAGGUUACAUACUCUCAUCUGAUCGAUGGUUAUGGUAGCAAGGGUGAGAUAGAUGAAGUUCUCAAACUCUACUAUGAAAUUGAGUACAAAUCGCUGUCUCCUGGGCUAUUGGUCUACAAGUCAUUAAUUAGGAGCCUUUGCCUGUGCGGGAAAUUAGAGGAAGCUGAAAAAUAUUUAAGAAAGCUGAAAGAACGCUCACUAGUUCCAACCGUGUGCAUUUAUGACACAUUGAUUGCGAGCUACUCUGAGAAAGGCGAUAGAACAAGGGUCCUCCACCUUCAGAAUGAAAUGAUUUCACUCGGUCUUAAGCCUAGUUGCUCAUAGUUUUCGGGUUAUAAAGCACAAAGAACAUUGAAGAUUAGCCAAGUUGAGAAAGCAGUGUUGGGUCCACUCAGGAUGAAGAGUGAUUUGUGUUGACUUUUAACAUCUUCUCCAUAAAUUACCAGUUUUUACUGGUGACCCGGAUUCACAUUUCAGCAGCUUAAGUCGGUCAUGUAAAUUGUACAUGUGGAAAGGAUGUUUAACAUAAAAAAGAGAGAAAUAUAAUACACACAUGAGGAUGGUUUUGUCGUUCCUAUUGGGCUUGCGACGUCCUCUGUAAAUAAUUCAAGUUUAGCUAAAUACUCUCUUCUAUGAUCUUUGUCUCCAUGUAAUUCUUUGAUCAUGUGUUGGUGAAUAAAAUUCUGCCUUAGAAUUUGCCAGGAGUGGAUCCAUUGGUGCUACUUCUCAGAGUCAGGAUGUUGUGGUAAGAUUAAUUGUGUAAUGUGAUACACUAUGAAAUUGCUAUCCUUUAACUGAUUGUUCAGUGACAUGAAAGAGAGGACUGCUGAAGAGGGAUUGGUAUUGUUGAUGCGGAAAAAAUCGCACAACAAGUCAGAAGAAGAGAAAGAGUCAUUUCCGGUCCACUAAUUGACUUAGGCCUUGAUCGGUGUUGUUUGGAGUCCCCGGUAGUGUUCCGGUGCGGCUGUGUGGUAUCAAUGCAUAUGUUCAUGGCAGUGAAUAGGAAACAAGUGCAGAGAAAGUAAGAGAAAGAGACAGAUUUACGUGGUUCGGCAUAUUGCGUACGUUCACGGGCGUUUGGGAAAGGAAAAUUCAUUAUAAUAUACUUGUUUAUAGUUUCUCAUGGCUUCUUAUUUUUCACUGUACAAAGAAAGUUAGAGAUCUUCUUGCUGGAGAAGAUGUCUCCUGGAGCUCUCCCUCCAAAGGUUGAAGAAGAGAGAACCCCCCGGCAAUCAUUUGGCCCUUUGCUUUUAUUUGACUCUCCAUUGCGCGUGCCUUCCUACCAGGUGAUAACUGGUCUCUUUGCAUGUUUGAGCACGCCAAUCAGGUGGCGACUGGUCCCUUUGAGUGUCUGAGCAUGCCUCCCUUUUCUUCCCUUUUUCCUCACACCCUUUUCUUACUCUCCUGACCUCCUCUCUUGUCUCCCACUCCCCUCCUCUUUAUUUUGUCUUCUAGUUUGGCAUGAUGGGCUGGGUUCUAGCCAUGGGCCGUAUAUUUUAUCAUCCACAGGUAUUAAUAUUGGGACUACGCACACCACAGGUUAUUAAAAAAAUAUCACUACCGUUCCUCCUGUGUAUUCAAUAUGAAAGAAGAUAUAUUGUGUAUGU